UAAAAAUAAUUAUCUGUUCGGUUUCACAGACACACAGUAAAAACCAGAGUGUUUAUAAUUUAAGAGAAACGAAUCUUAUUCCUCUGCCUCUUGAUCAUUUGCCUAUAAAAGGACCCACACUUGUUUAGUGUGGUUAAAGCAGCACGGAGGAAAUAUUUGACUUUUCAUUCUGUACAUACAGAGCAGUUUCUAUUGAAGCAUCUUCAAAAAUGUCUGAGUCGUCCUCGAGUCAGUAUGUGGAUCAGUUCAGCUGUUCAGUGUGUUUGGAUCUGCUGAAGGAGCCGGUGACGAUUCCCUGUGGACACAGUUACUGUAUGAGCUGUAUUACUGACUGCUGGAGCCUGAAGGAGCAGGGGCCGCCGUACCGCUGUCCCCAAUGCAGAGAGAGCUUCAGUCAGAGACCUCUACUGAAGAAGAACACUCUGAUAGCUGAGAUGAUGGAGACGCUGCAGAAGACGGCCCUACAGACGCCUGCUGCUGCUGCUGCUGCUGCUGUGGACUGUGAUGUUUGCACUACAGAGAAGAACAGAGCUGUAAAGUCCUGUCUGCAGUGCUUGGCCUCCUUCUGCCAAACUCACCUGCAGCUUCACUAUGAGUCUCCUGCGUUUAUGAAGCACAAACUAGUGGACGCCUCCAGACACAUUCAGGAGAACAUCUGCCCCAGUCAUGGGAGACCGCUGGAGAUUUACUGUCAGGAUGAUCAUCAGUGUAUUUGUUACCUGUGCAUGGUUGACAGUCAUAAGAACCACAGUGUGGUGUCUGUGGAUUCAGAAUGGACCAAUAAGAAGAAAGAGUUGGAGAAGAUAAAGGUGGAGUGUGUAAAGCUGAUCGAGGAGCGAGAGAAAGGUCAACAGGAACUCAGUAAAGCUGUCAAGCCUUUUAAAAGUUCAGCCCAGAAGGCCAUCAAGAGGAUGGAGAAGGUGUUCACUGAGCUCAUCGGCUCUCUGCAGAAGAAACGCUCUGAGAUUAAAGAGCAGAUCAGAGCUCAGGAGAAGACUGAGACAGAUCGAGCAGAGCAACUUCACCAACAUCUGCAUCAAGAGCUGACACAACUCAGAAAAACACAAGCAGAGAUCCACAAACUGCUCACUACUGAAGACCAGAUCCACUGUCUGAAGAGCUGUGAGUCUGUGUGUGUUUUACCCACAUGUGAAGAUGUUCCCAGCUUCACUCCACACACUCAUCUGUCUUUUAAAGACCUUUCAUUCCCUCUAUUCAGAGAGGCUUUAGAGGACGCCUGUCAACAGCAAACAGAGGCAAUAUCCAGAGAAGUGUCAAACGUUCAUGUAGUAAAUCCUCCAGAACCAAAGACUCCAAAUGAGUUUUUGCAGUAUCAAUGUGAGCCUCAUCUGGAUCCAAACACUGCACACAAACAUCUACUCUUGUCAGAAAACAACAGGAAAGUGUCAUGCUCAGAUAAAGUCCAGCGGUAUCCUGAUCACCCAGAGCGGUUUGAUCCAUGUAAUUAUGUGAUGUGUAAAGAGGGUUUGACUGGUCGCUGUUAUUGGGAGGUCGAGUGCAGUGGGAAUGAAUGGGCUGUUGCUGUUUGCUACAAAGGAAUUGAACGUAAAGGAAUAGGUGACUGUAGAUUUGGCUUCAACAAAAUAUCCUGGAGACUGGGCUAUUUUGGGCAGCAUUUUUGUUUCAUACAUAAUGUAAAACAAGUCUAUAUCCCUCCUGCCUCUAGAAUUGGAGUGUAUCUGGAUCACAGAGCAGGAAUUCUGUCCUUUUACAGCGUCUCUGACACAAUGACCCUCCUUUAUAAAGUCCAGACCACCUUCACUGAACCACUGUACCCUGCAUUUGGGCUUGGAGAAGGUUCUAUCAGGAUCAAAGCAGAGUAGUUUUCUUACAGGCAAGACAUAAAUAGCACACAUUUCCUGAACGUGCUCCACUAGGGAUGUUCUUCUUUUUUCCCCUUCAUGAAACUGAUUCCAAUACCUGAGCUCAAGGUAUCGGCCGAUACCUGAGUGUUCAUUCAUCCAUUUUCCAUCAGCUUAGUCCCUUGUUUAUUAGGG